AUGGCGACUCUCUCUUCCCUACCAACAGAGUUGAUCUCUCUCAUCAUUGACUACCUUUACUUAUCUCGUAAAGGGCCUUGGAAGAACACUAUACGUGACCUCAAAGUAUGUUCUCUUGCUUGGAAGGGCUUUCUGACCUAUUCUCGGCCCUACGUGUUCCACACGAUCGUGCUUCCAAUCCCAAAUUCCAGAGGAAAAAAGGGGUCUAGUCCCUUCCCGAAGAUAUACUAUAACCUUGCUGCCGUCCUUGAGCAGAACCGCGAGCUGAGAACAUUUGUUCGCAAGCUGGUGGUCAAGUGGAACAAGGAUAUCGAUACCAAGUGGUGGAUUAGUUCGGCUCUGGCGCGUCUAGUGGUGAAAUUUUCGCAGUUGGAAGAUCUUCAUGUUGAGUUGAAGGGCCAUGGUUUAUUCUCUGCACUUCCUCAGCGCCUUCAGCUGGCCAUCCGGGAGGCGGCCCUCUUUCGGCAAAGGGAGGCUUUCUUCGACGGCUGCACCUUGAACGUCCCGGCUUGGAAUGAGAUAUCCUUGGAUAUCUUUGAAUCGCCUGACACUGCGCAAUUUGGGACGUUGGAGAACUUCCAAGUCAAGUCUUUUGACGCGCCUCAUAGGUUUUCAUCCCUCACCUUGAGAGGAUUCUACCCACCGGCAGUGGAGAACUUUCUCGACUCUCCGAAUGCCAUCUCCUUUGCCCAGCUUGCCCACCUCGACGUUCGCAUCGCUUCUGAAGAGCAGUACGUUUUGACCAUCCGGUUGCUAGCAUCAUCGGAGAAUUUGCGAACGCUCAAUUUAAUCUAUAGCGACUGUCGUCCGGAGGGGGCAGACGCAAAUUCGGAGUCCCUCCCUCUUCCUUUGGUGUACACCAACCCCGACUCGUUCAAAACACUCGAGCAUCUCUCUCUUACAAGUCAUCGCUUUGUCAACCCAAGACAACCGACUUCCUUCUCCAACAUGUUUCUGGGCCUAUGUGAAAGCAAACCUGCCUUGUUGAAUACCUGGCCGAAGCCAUCUAAGUCUGCCUGGAAGUGGACUAGCAAGUUUGGUGAACUCCCUCAGCAGGAAGUGGUUACGCUGGCGGCUAGAAAUGCGGGGAUCACUAUCCCUCAUGCACCACAACCCGCAAGUCACGGGGGUGACGAUUUCCUUGAACUUACUGGGGUUGGUACACCCUUUAUUCAUACCUUCGCUUCUCUGACGACUCUCGACCUCACUCUUCAUAUUCACGGAUCCUUGGAUCGACUCGACUUGGGUUACACCUGGGGCCAGGUUGACAGGGCAUUGGGCGGCUACGAGUGCGAUAGGUCCAACGCCGCUGAGGAAGCAAACUCUUCAUUUGGUUCUCGCCGCGGAGCCAUGUGUUACGACUGCAAUCAUACCUAUGCCCUUCCCCACCUUCGCUCCGUCUCUGUACACAUCGUCAUUCGACCCCUCCGACUACGAAACGCCGACUUUACUGUCGAAGAUGAGGAUAUUCUGGAGGAGACGCGGGCGUUUAAGGUGAAGCUGGAAGGUCUGUUGGAGGGUGGGAGUCCGAUGGUUUGUCAUUGUGCCAAGGCGGAACUAGGGAAUGCGAGAAUGAAGAAAUUGGAGUAUUACUGGAACGCUGUAUCUGAUUUGGCGGUGGGCGGGGAUUCCGAGGCGUCCACGGUUCUCCUAUCCACGAAGCCGCGUGUCUUGUUCCCGUUUUUGCGAUCGAGGGGUUUCCAUGAAGGGAAGAACGGUUUUAGAUUUAGGACCCAUGUCGAGAUGAGGGAAAGGGUUUACCGUGUGGACCCAACUACGGGCGCUCUCCCCGCGUUUUGA